AUGGCGCAAGCACAGUCAUCGCUGAAGAAAACAAGGCAGCAGAACGCGCAGAAAGCUAGAGAAGCCAAGGCGAAGAAAACAGCAGUGACGACACAGAAAGCACCAGUCACACAAAUUUCUUCAUCCGAGUAUUCACCUACGCAGCCUAUUAGGCAAGCAGGUGAUGGUCGUGAGGCUCAGCCAUCCAGCAACGGCUCCCCACGCCUUUGUGGUAUUGUCCGACUCGAGAGUCGCAUUGUCGCUCGAGGCGGACACGACCGAGCAUUCGGAGGGUCCAUAUUCAUCAACCUGACAGUGCUAGACCACGACCUAUCUGCUUGA